CCGCGACGUUUGACUUUUCUCGCUUUCAACACAAUUCCUCCUCUCAGUAACCAUCGAGCUCUCGUCGCUUCAACGAUGCACGGAAUUGUCGUGAAGAAAGCGAACUCUGUCGCGACGGUUCACGACUAUGAGAAGGACAUAGAAUUGAGUGUCCAGCUGAAUCGUUGGAUACUGAAGCCGAUUGGUGUCUGGCCGAAGUCAACGGAAAUCUCAUGGGUAGAGAGAUACACGUACACGCUGGUAAACGUGAUUUGCACAAGUCUGAUCGGCUUUCUCUUCAUACCGACCGCCGUUUUCAUGGCGCUCGAAUUAGAUAACACAUAUCUUAUCCUGAAGCUGUCCGGGCCGCUGAGCUUUUGCCUGAUGGCCAUCGUCAAAUAUUCCUCGCUAAUCUUUCGGGAGAAUGACAUUCGCAGUGGCAUCGAGCACAUCGAGAGCGACUGGAUGAACACUCCGCAUCACGGCGAUCGGGUCAUCAUGAUCAAGAACGCGAAGUUCGGCCGGCGUCUUGUGGCGAUCUGCGCGUUCUUCAUGUACGGCGGUGCCGUGUUCUAUUACCUCGCUCUACCGUUCAGUAACGGCAGGAUCACGGAGGAUGACGGGAAUUUAACGUAUCGGCCAUUGGUGUAUCCGGUCGCCAGAGUGAUCGUCGACGCGCGACACAGUCCCAUCAGUGAAAUCCUCUUCUGGACGCAGUGCCUGUCGGGUUUCAUCGCACACUCCAUCACUGCCGGCGCAUGCAGCUUGGCCGCUGUUUUUGCGAUGCAUGCCUACGGUCGCCUGGAGGUGUUGGCACAGUGGAUCGAACACCUCGUGGACGGACGGGAAGAUUCGUAUGAUGACGUGGAUGAGAGAUUGACGAUGAUCGUACAGCAGCACGUUCGAAUUUUAUGUUUUAUAUCGUUAACGGACAAGGUUCUGCGUGAGAUAUCUGUUGUGGAAAUUAUAGGAUGUACCUUAAACAUGUGUUUUCUUGGAUAUUAUACUAUUACGGAAUGGGAGAUUAAAAACUCUGCAAGUUAUAUAACGUAUAUCGUUUUGCUUAUAUCUCUUACAUUUAAUAUUUUUAUAUUUUGUUACAUCGGCGAGCUUGUUGCCGAAAAGUGCAAGAAAGUCGGCGAGAUAUCGUAUAUGAUCGAUUGGCAUCGUCUAUCAGGAAAAAAGGGCCUCGCCCUCGUGUUGAUGAUCGCUAUGUCCAAUGCGUCGAUCAAACUUACUGCCGGAAAUCUCUUCGAGUUAUCUCUCAGUACUUUCGGUGAUGUGGUUAAGACAUCGGUCGCCUACUUGAAUAUGUUGCGUACUUUAACUGCAUAAAACUUGCAAAAAUUAUUAAUUUGUUGAUUGCUGAAAUAAGUGUCAAUUAGUUAUCUGGUAUAUAUUGAGAAGAAAAGAAAAAAUAAACAUAAUUUUAAUAAAU